AUGUCAACAAGCAACUACUUGUCGCACCGAUUGUCACCGCUCGCAACACGCCACUCAUCGUCGGAUACCGAGGCGUCCAGGAGGAGACUGGCCAUAUCCAGCACAGCAAGCCGUCAAGCAAAAAUGGGAGUACACAAAGACGACCUGGGAGUCUCCAAAACGAACACGAGACCUGCACUGAUCCAUCGACACUCGCCCGAAGCUACGACGUUGCUAGCACUCGUGCAUCCACAUGAGCCUCUCGACAUCCCAAUACCGCCAACUCUCAAGUCGAAUCCCAAAGCGCGGGCAUACUCGUUCGAGACCAGUAGCCCAUCGGGCUCUGGCCCGGGUCUGUCGAGCCCGACUCGGAGAAAAACACCUACCUCUUCGCCAUCACAAUCAUCACCAAAAUGGUAUGAUUAUAACGAGUUUGGUGAUGUGGGCUAUUCACGCCCACGAGCGGAAAGCCACUCCAGCACUGGCUCGGGAUUUUCCGUCCCUACGAAAUCGGACAGCGCACAUGAACAAUGGUUACAGCAAGUUGCUACCUCGUCUCUUAUCGUAACUCGACAUACCAUUACGCAAGACGACGGACUCCGAGGCGACAGGCCAUAUGGACCCUUCACACCGACAUUGCCCUCUCCUCCAAUUAUUCACGCAACAACAUUUCGGUCACAUCCACCGCCAUUGAGCUUACCAUCCUCUGUUCUGUCGACCACAAGUGCAGCGUGA